CGGGGAUUGGACAGCGCUGGGCGUGGGCGGGGAGGGGCGUGGCCCGGCGGCGUCCCGGCCCCGCCGAGGUGAAACUGCGGGAGUUCCGGCGGGAGGCCUGUGCUGAAGACCCGCACCUUCACCAUGGCCUCGGCCGAGCUGGAUUACAGCAUCGAGAUCCCGGAUCAGCCCUGCUGGAGCCAGAAGGUUUGGAUUCCUGGGGGAGCCUCUGGUCCUCAGAAAAGCCAAGGGACUCAGCAAGCCUAGUCCUGCCCUUCUCAGCUCACCCUGGCAGUGGUUAACAGAAUGAGAACAGACAAGGUGGGAAGGAAGCUGGGAAGCAACAGCCUGUGGUGAUUCUCUUGGGCUGGGGAGGCUGCAGGGACAAGAACCUGGCCAAGUAUAGUGCUAUCUACCACAAAAGGGGCUGCAUUGUGAUCCGAUACACGGCCCCCUGGCACAUGGUCUUCUUCUCUGAGUCCUUGGGCAUCCCUUCACUUCGCGUGAUAGCCCAGAAACUGCUGGAGCUCCUCUUUGACUAUGAGAUUGAGCGGGAGCCUCUGCUCUUCCACGUCUUCAGCAAUGCCGGCGUCAUGCUCUACCGCUACGUGCUGGAGCUCCUACAGACCCACCAGCGCUUCCGCCAUUUGCAUGUGGUGGGCACCAUCUUUGACAGUGGUCCUGGCGAUAGCAACCUGAUAGGGGCCCUGAGGGCUCUGGCAACCAUCCUGGAGCGCCGACCUGCGGUGCUGCGCCUGUUGCUCCUGGCAGCAUUUGCCCUGGUGGUGAUCCUGUUUCACUUCCUGCUUGCUCCAUUCACUGCCCUCUUCCACACCCACUUCUACGACAGGCUGCAGGACUCAGGCUCCUGCUGGCCUGAACUCUACCUCUACUCUAGAGCUGAUAAGGUGGUCUCGGCCAGGGAUGUGGAACGUAUGGUAGAGGCACGCCUGGCUCACCAGGUCAUGGUGCGUGGAGUGGACUUUGUGUCAUCUGCGCAUGUCAGCCACCUCCGAGACUAUCCUACUUACUAUACAAGUCUGUGUGUUGACUUCAUGCAUAAUUGUGUCCAAUGCUGAGGUCCCGCUCCGGAAAUAAACGCCGACACCUCCCUUCAACCUUUA